UAAUGUGUUCGGUGGUUUUCAUAAUUGUGCAUUCGGUCGGUGAGAUCCAGAUUAUUUUUGUUAUUACUUAGUUAAGCAGCUACGAUAAAGUUGGGUAUACAUGCUUGGAAAUUAGAGUAACUUGGAAGCUUUAUGCCAAUAAAUACAACUCAUAGACAUCCCAUUAACAUAAUUCGAUAACAUUCGAGCUAACGUGUCAACAGAUCUAGCACCGCCAACUCUCACAUGGCAUCGUGGGUUGUAUUAUAGUACUACAAUAAAACAGCUUUAAUACGACGCUAUGUAUCUGCGUUUUAUAUGAUUCCACUUUCCUCUAUUUAAAUAAAUCCUUCACUUUCCUCCGCUUACAUUUCCCUACACUGAACCAUCACUCAGAAAAAAAUGGCUCGACAAUUUGCUGUUGUUGCGAUCUGUAUCGUCCUCAUCGCCAGCGUUGGAGGUCAAGCUCCGUCUUCACCACCAACCACCACACCAGCACCACCGACUACAACAACUCCGCCACCAGCAGCCACUCCUCCUCCUGUCUCAGCUCCUCCACCAGUAACAACUUCUCCUCCUCCGGCUACUCCUCCUCCAGUCUCUACACCUCCCCCAGUCGCUUCUCCACCUCCAGCAACUCCUCCUCCCGUCGCUUCUCCUCCUCCCGUUGCUACUCCUCCUCCAGCUCCUCUUGCAUCUCCUCCCGCUCAGGUUCCGGCUGCAGCUCCAACUACGAAGCCAGACGCUCCUUCUUCAUCUCCGUUGUCUAGCCCACCUUCCCCAGCUACUGAUGCUCCCGGACCAAGCACCACUUCCCUCUCUCCAGGACCCUCCACCGACUCAAAUGACCAGAAUGGAGCAAGCAAGAUGGUUUCAAGCUUGGUACUUGGAUCUGUUCUCGUUUGGUUUAUGAUUUAAGCGAGACUCUUCCACACGGUGUUCAUUGCAUUAAUUUUUAUGUCGACGUUUGUUUGUUCCAUUGUUAUUAGUUUAUUACUUUUGAGACUGAAUUCUUUUAGGAUUAUUAUCUUUCGAAGAGGAUAUUAUUGAGAGUUGAGAUGGACUGAAUUCUUUUGUGGCUUCCUUCCUUAUUCUAUUUGAUUGUUAGUGUACUAGAACUCUUUUUCUGUUUCUA